UCUCGCGAGAGCUGUGUGUGUGUUCUACUCUACGUCUUCGCGGUUGGCCUUAGGGCUGCCGCGGCCAGUCAGGGGCAAGGCAUCCGGAGCGUUUCAGAUGGCUACUCAGCAAGGGACGCCCUCCUCGGCCCUGCGGGUCCUGGAAGAAGCGUUGGGCAUGGGCUUGUCGGCUGCCGGGGACACCGCGGAGGCGGUGGCUGCUGAGGGUGCCUACUACCUGGAGCAGGUCACUGUAACUGAAGCAUCUGAAGAUGAUUAUGAAUAUGAAGAGAUACCGGAUGACAAUUAUAGCAUUCCAGAAGGUGAAGAAGAUCUGGCAAAAGCAGUUCAGAUGGUCCAAGAACAGGCUACAGAUACCCAGAUUUUGGAGCAGAAAACAGUCUUUUCUCCAAAGCAUACAGUACCUGAAGCAAUAGAAGACUUUCUUUGUAAUUUCCUGAUCAAAAUGGGAAUGACCAGAACUCUUGAUUGCUUUCAAUCUGAAUGGUAUGAGUUAAUACAGAAGGGAAUAACUGAACUUAGAGACGGUGGGAUUGUUCCAGAUGUCUACAGUCAGAACAUGCUUUUAGAAAAUGAGAACAAAAUUUUGAAGAAAGAUUUGAAGCAGUAUAAACAAGCAGCUGAGUACGUUACUCAAUUACCCUUUAUGAUGCCCUUUAUUUUCCAUAGAUUGAAGUUACAUUAUGCAUCAUAUGAACCAGCUAUAAGAGUAUUACAUGAGAAGCACCAUGCUUUACUGAAGCAGAAAAUGCUGACCUCUUUGGAAAGGGAUAGAGCAAUAGUACAGAUUUCUGGACUUCAAGAAACACUGAAGCAUAUGGAAAUAGGGCGUAGUUACCAUGCUCCUGAAUUUAGAGUUGUUCCUACUUGUAAAAAGGAAAAAGCACCAGAAGGUCCUACUCAGAAACGUCUUCGUGAAGCCAGAGAACAAAGCAAAUGUAAAGCAAAGGCAAAAGUUAAUACAAAGGAUUCAGAAUUUCCUACACAUAUGCAACCAAAUCCAAACCUGGAUUUAGGCAAAGAGAAUCUUUGUCCAGCAAAAUUUGACUACAAGCUGAAUAACAUAUUCAGACUUCAUGAACUUCCAGUGAGCUGCAUCGUCAUGCACCCUCACAAAGACCUCCUUGUCUCCUGUGGGGAGGACCGUGUCUGGAAGAUGGUGGGGCUCCCCAAGGGCAACGUGCUUCUCACAGGCUUGGGCCACACUGACUGGCUUUCAAACUGCUGCUUCCAUCCCAGUGGCAACAAGUUGGCUACUUCAAGUGGUGAUACUACAGUUAAGUUAUGGGACCUGUCUAAAGGUAAUUGCAUUUUGACCUUCGAGGGACAUACCCACGCUGUAUGGUCCUGCACAUGGCACUCCUGUGGUGAUUUUGUGGCUUCUUCCUCACUGGAUACAACUAGCAAAAUCUGGGAUAUUAAUAGUGAAAGAUGCAGAUAUACCUUGUAUGGACACACAGAUUCUGUGAACAGCAUCGAGUUUUUUCCUUACUCCAACACUCUUCUCACAGGCUCUGCCGAUAAGUCACUGUCCAUCUGGGAUGCAAGAACGGGGAAAUGUGAGCAGUCUCUCUACGGUCACAUGCAUUCCAUCAAUGAUGCCACCUUCACUCCGAGGGGUCACAUGAUAGCAUCCUGUGAUGCCUGUGGAGUUACAAAGCUGUGGGAUUUUCGGAAGCUCCUACCCAUGGUGUCCAUUGAUGUAGGUCCAAGCCCGGGCAAUGAGGUGACCUUUGAUUCAUCAGGUCGAGUUUUAGCUCAGGCAAGUGGCAAUGGGGUUAUCCAUUUGCUAGAUCUGAAAUCUGGGCAGAUUCACAAACUGAUGGGCCAUGAGAGUGAGGCUCACACGGUCAUAUUUUCUCGUGACGGAGAGACUCUGUUUUCUGGAGGCUCUGAUGGCACUGUUCGAAUGUGGUCUUGA